AUGGAGAGCAGCGAGGAAGAAGACGAAUUUCCUUCGAUCGAAAGCAUAACUCCUCAGUCAAAGAUCAAUUCCGUUCAUCAGUCUCUCACCGAAAAGGGAAUUAGAAAGCUUUGUUGUGAGCUUUUGGAUUUAAAGGAUGCUGUUGAAAAUAUGUGCGGUGAUAUGCGUACCAAGUACCUUGCUUUCUUGAGAAUAUCUGAAGAAGCGGUGGAGAUGGAGCAUGAGUUGGUUGAGCUGCGGAAACAUAUUUCUUCCCAGGGGAUUGUUGUGCAGGAUCUGAUGGCUGGACUUUGUCGUGAGAUGGAUGAAUGGAAGCGAUCCGCUGGUGAUGUGGAUGACUCAGAUAACUUUGAAGUCAAGGAUCCCCUGCCUAAGGAAUUAACCGAUCCAAAGUCUGAGUUCUUGGAGAAAAUUGACCUUCUUUUGGCUGAACAUAAGGUGGAUGAAGCACUGGAGGCGAUGGAUGCUGAGGAAAGAAACAAUCCAGAUCUUAGAGGAUCAGCUGAAAUGUCUUCUUACAAGUCUGCUUUUAUGGAAAGAAAGGCGGUUCUUGAGGAUCAGCUCCUUAGGAUCGCUAAACAACCUUCAAUUAGUUUAGCUGAACUGAAGCAUGCGUUGAUUGGGUUGAUCAGACUUGGAAAAGGACCUUCAGCUCACCAAUUACUGCUAAAGUUUUACGCCACAAGCAUCCACAGAAGAAUCGAGUCCUUUCUUCCUUCAUGUUCGAUCUGCCCAAACACUUUUCCUGCCACUUUGUCUAAGCUUAUUUUCUCUAAUAUAUCGAUCGCUGCAAAAGAAACCGCAGGGAUGUUUGGUGAUGAUGAUAAUCCCGCGUAUUCCAACAAAGUUGUUCAAUGGGCAGAGAGGGAAGUGGAGUAUUUGGUACGAUUGGUUAAAGAAAACGCAGCUCCUUCCGAAACAGUUUCUGCAUUGCGUGCAGCCAGUGUUUGUCUUCAAGACUGUCUUAACUAUUGCAAAGUGUUGGAACCACAAGGGUUGAUUUUGUCCAAGCUGUUUUUGGUGCUUUUCCGGCCUUAUGUUGAAGAAGUGUUGGAGCUGAAUUUUAGACGGGCUCGAAGGGUUAUCUUUGACUUGACCGAAACUGAUGAGGGAUUGGAAACAUCUUCUGAGUUUGUGGCGGUAUUAUCUGAAUUCGCUAUCGCUUCAGAUACGACAAUGACUGAUUGUAGCAUUCGAUUCAUGCAAAUCGUGCAGGACAUACUUGAGCAGUUAUCACAUCUAGUUGUGUUACACUUUGGUGAAAGUGUAUUGGCGAGGAUCUUGCAACUAUAUGAUAAAUACAUCGACUUUCUGAUCAAAGCCUUGCCUGGCCAUGCAGAUGAGGACGGUCUUCCAGAGCUUCAAGAUAAUACUGUACUAGCUAGAGCUGAGACAGAUUCAGAGCAGCUUGCUCUUCUUGGAGCGGCGUUUACAAUACUCGACGAACUUUUACCAAAAUCACUUUUUAAAGUCUGGAAUCUCCAGAUUGAAAACAGCGGAGGAGAAGGUGAGAAUAGUGCUGCUCUAAACAAUAGCUCUGCACCGGAAUUGAAAGAAUGGAAACGCCAUAUGGUUCAAGCAUUCGACAAACUUAGAAAUUACUUCUGUCUGCAAUUUGUCUUGAGCUUCAUCUACUCUAGGGAAGGACUAACGCGCUUAGACGCACUCAUUUAUUUAACGGAAAUACCAGAUGACUUGCAUCUGCCCUCUUUACCGUUUCAGGCAUUGUUUUCUAAGCUACAGCAGUUGGCCAUAAUUGCGGGGGAUGUUCUGCUUGGAAAAGAGAAGCUGCAAAAGAUUUUACUAGCCAGAUUAACCGAGACAGUUAUAAUCUGGCUAUCAAAUGAGCAGGAGUUUUGGAGUGCAUUCGAGGACGAGUCAACUCCACUUCAGCCAUUUGGGUUGCAACAGUUGAUCCUCGACAUGAACUUCACAGUUGAGAUAGCCCGGUUUGCGGGUUAUCCAUUUAAAGUAGUACAGAACCAUGCAUCAGUCGUGAUUAAUCGAGCCAUCAACAUAUUCUCUUCAAGAGGCAUCAACCCAGAAAGCUCACUCCCGAAGACCGAGUGGUUCACGGAGGCCGCCAAGUCAGCUAUCAACAGGCUACUAAUGGGCUCUGACGAAGCUUCAGAACCUGAAGAAUACGAGUGUGAAGAAGAGGGUCACAUUGUCCUCCCUGACAUUGACGAUGACCACUCAGACACAGAUUCCCUAGGAACUUCUUCACUUUCCACCAUGGACUCGUUCGAGUCAUUUGCCUCUGCAAGCAUGGCUGACCUCGAGAGUCCCUCCUUCACCGAUUCUGAGUCCUGA